AUGACCCUUGGGGAUGGGGACAGACACACCAGGCUGCUAUUCCAGGGCUCCAAUCGUGACCACCUAUUUAUAGAGCCGGGGUGCUCGGCCCGCCCCGCGCAGGCAGCGGCAGUGGAGAGGCAGCCCUGCUGCAAAGUCAGGCGGAGUCAGCGUCAUCGUCGCUGCUGCAGGCUGCCCGCACCUGUCCCAGCCACCACCGCAGAGAGAGGGCCACAGAGACGCCAGGGCCCCAGGGGAACCGCACCAGGCAAGGACGAGGCCGGCCAGAUGGGCAGCGCCAUGGAGCCCCCUGGGGGGGGGUAUCUGCACCUAGGCGCCGUGACGUCCCCUGUGGGCACUGCCCGAGUCCUGCAGCUAGCCUUCGGCUGCACAACCUUCAGCCUGGUGGCCCACCAGGGAGGCUUCGCCGGCGUCCAGGGUACCUUCUGCAUGGCUGCCUGGGGCUUCUGCUUCGCCCUCUCUGGCCUCGUGGUGGCCUGCGAGUUCACCCGGCUGCACAGCUGCCUGCACCUGUCCUGGGGCAACUUUACAGCGGCCUUCGCCAUGCUAGCCACGCUGCUGUCCGCCACGGCUGCCGUCCUCUACCCCCUGUACUUCGCCCGGCUGCAGUGCCCCCCCGAGCCCGAGGGCUGCACGACCAGGGACUUCCGCCUGGCAGCCAGCGUCUUUGCGGGGCUCCUCUUCCUGGCCUAUGCCGCGGAGGUAGCCCUGACCCGGGCCCGGCCGGGCCAGGUGGCCAGCUACAUGGCCACGGUCUCGGGGCUCCUCAAGAUCGUCCAGGCCUUCGUGGCCUGCAUCAUCUUUGGGGCCCUGGUCUACGACAGCCGCUACGGGCGCUACGUGGCCACCCAGUGGUGUGUGGCCGUCUACAGCCUGUGCUUCCUGGCCACGGUGGCUGUGGUGGCCUUGAGCGUGACGGGCCACACAGGGGGCCUGGGAUGCCCCUUCGACCGUCUGGUCGUGGUGUACACCUUUCUAGCCGUGCUCCUCUACCUCAGCGCGGCUGUGAUCUGGCCUGUCUUCUGUUUCGACCCCAAGUACGGGGAGCCCGGGCGGCCCCCCGACUGCCCCCGAGGCAGCUGCUCCUGGGACAGCCAGCUGGUGGUGGCCACCUUCACCUACGUCAACCUGCUCCUGUAUAUCGCCGACCUCGCCUACUCCCAGAGGAUCCGCUUCGUGCCCAGCCUGUAGCUGCCUGCCCACCCAUGGUCUCCAGGGGAUCCAGGCACCAUGAGGGGGACCCAGGUGAACCAAGACCCCCAGGAAGCAAGCCAGAGGGAGGCAACCGGCAGAACUGCUCCCGGAUUUCUGGCCAGGCUUGGGGAGCGGGGACUGGAGGCAGAGGGACAGAAGGUCCUGAGCAGGCCACAGGCAAGGGUCCUCCCCCAGACAGCUCCCAGCCCUUCUCCCUGUCUCUUUGUCUCUCUCUCUGUGUGUCUCUCUUAUCUCUGUCUGUAUCUCUCUCUCUGUCUCCCUCCAUUUCCUGGCCCUCCCUGGUGCAGUGCCACCCACCGUAACAAGAGAAGCCUUUGAACCAGGUGCUGUUGUGACCCACUUUAUAGAUGGGGACACAAAGGCUAGGGUUUUGGAGGCAGCCCCAUGUGCCCAUCAGCGUUUGGAGACCCUGUUCAGGCCGUGACCUAAGUAGAGUUGAAAAGGGGACAGUUCCCAGGGGUGUGGGAUGGACAGCUGUCUCAGCAGGGCACUGCUGGGGGGCUCUGUGCCACCUCAAAGAGAAGGAACCAGGCAUGGGGAUCCCACCGUGCCCAUCUCUGAGUGGCCGUAAGAAGAACAGGAAUCAUGGCCUGGUCAUACGGGG